AUGAGCAGGGCCAACUUUCUCAAGGAGCUGUUGGGAGUUGCUUUUUCUGAUGUGGUAAAGGGUCAUUUGCAGAGAAGAGACUCUAAGGAGGAGGUCAAGACUGUCAUGUUUGCUCAGGACUCAGAUAAAGUUCCUGGACCGAAUGGCUUGAGGGGUUUCUUCCAGAGGUUAUCUCUGGGAGUCAGAGUGCCUUUGUUCCUUACCGGAGCCCUUGAGAUGCUUGAUAUUACGAUUUCUUGGAUUCGGGAGUGUGUUACCACUCCUUUCUCUAUUUCCCUCAAUGGUGGUCUGGUUAAUUUCUUUAAAGGGACGAAGGGGGUGAGGCAAGGGGACCCCUUGUUCCCUUAUCUUGUUGUUAUCACUAUGAAUGUCUUAUCGAAUUUGUUGGAUAAAGCUGCGGUGCAUGGUGUUAUUCAGUAUCACCCGAAGUGUCAUAGGGUCCAGCUUACUAAUCUCUGCUUCGCGGAUGACCUGUUAGUUUUCUCCAAGGGCACUGAUUAUGCUUUGCAAGCGAUUCAUGAGAUUACGAGUAUUAGAGGUGGCAAGCUUCCGGUCAGAUAUCCGGGUCUCCCUCUUAUUGCGAAGAGGCUGUUUGUUAAGGAUUGUCUUCCCCUGAGUGUCCAAGUGAAGCUUCCAGACAUGAUCAUUAAGCGUAUUAACCAAAUUUGCUCUAAGUUCUUCUGGAAGGGUGAGGACAAGCCUGCCAAAGGAGCUAGAGUUGGUCGGUCGCAGGUUUACUCUCCUAAGUCUGAGGGAGAGCUUGGUCUUAAGAAUUUGAAGUUUUGGAAUCAAUCCUGCAUGAUUGGGUUGAUUCCAAAGUUGAUGUUUUUAUCAACUGAUGAAGCUCUUGUAAUGGAGGAUGAAGAUGAUGAAACCCAGUAUGCUUAA